UCCAUUUCGGGAGAAAUGAUGUGAACAGCACGAACGUUUUAAGAAAACUUUUACUUGAGUCUCCAGGGAGAACACAAGAAGCUAAUUGGUCUCUUUUCAGAAUUAUAAGUGGUUCUUCCACGCUUGGGAUUUUAGUUUAGUGUGCAACCGCCACGGAAAGAAUGAACAGCUCUGGGCGCGUGGCACUGGCGCUGUUGCUCGCGCUGCUGGUGGGCUUUACCGGGGGCACACAAGGCCAGGUAGUGUCCGCCAAGGUGAUGCGGUCUUCUAACGUGAGGCAACAUGACUUGUACCGGAAAGAAGAGAUCGUCACGGUAACGGCAACGGGCGGAGUCAUCCAGAGCCCCCGCUUUCCUAACGCCUAUCCCAGGAACCUGCAGUUGUCAUGGAAACUACUGUCGCCCCACAACACCCGCAUCACCCUGGAGUUUGACUCCCACUUUGCACUGGAGGAACCAGAGAACGAAGUCUGCAGAUAUGACUUUGUGGAGGUGGAGGACAUGUCAGAGACCAGUACUAUUGUCUGGGGGAGAUGGUGUGGUCAGAGAGUCCCCCCUCGUCUUACCUCCAAAACCAACACCCUCAAAGUCUCCUUCAAGUCAGACGACUACUUCGUGGCCAAGCCUGGCUUCAAACUCCACUUUUCUCUACAGACGUCUAACUUGACAAAAGAGGAGGGAGAGGUGGAGGGAGACUGA